CCGACCCACAAAAAGUCAGAUUCCCCUUUCAUUUCCCACUCUUUCACUGGAUACAUAACAAUAAGUUAACAACUCUUAUCACUUCGUCGUCCCUGUCAAUCGAUCAACAGAGGCAAGCAUUCUGUUUCCGACGCUCAAAUAAAAUCUACACUCUGAAGAAGGCGAUCGGGAUUCCGUGGUCUCCAGCGCCUACUUCUUCCUUCUUCGUCUUCCGAAUCCUUCGUCAAAUUGCUGACUCACUGAAUCAAUCUGGGAGAAUAACGAUGGUGGAAAUGAAAACUGUAAAAAGGGAAUCUCCUCUAGUUCAUUCCUCUGCCCUCUGGUUUAUGGUUUAUUCCAAUGGAUCUGAUCACUUGUAUGAUGUAUAAUUGAAUCGAAUCUCUGACCACUUCAUUACUCCUUCUCCCUCAGGGUUUGUAAAAAUUUCAAUUUUGCAAUGGGUUCGAAGAUUUUCCUUACAUUUACACUCAUCCCUUGUUUCAUGAUCUUCUUGAUUUUAGGGAUUGCCCACCUCCCAUCUAAUCUCAAAUAAAAACCCAAUCGAAUUUUUGAAAUCUGGCAUCAACGCAGCCACAAGCACUUAAAAGCCUCCGUUUUUACACUUUACCCAUCUCAAUAAAUGGCACUGGUGACAACCGCUGAGGUCUGCGAUGCAAACCCGCAGCUAAUCGUGAGCGGCGAGCUGAGAGCACUGCAGCCCAUCUUCCAGAUAUACGGGCGUCGCCAGGUGUUCAGCGGUCCCGUCGUGACCCUCAAGGUGUUCGAGGACAACGUCCUGAUCCGCGAAUUCCUCGAGGAGAAAGGCAACGGCAGGGUCCUCGUGGUGGACGGUGGUGGCAGCUUGAGGUGCGCCAUACUCGGUGGGAACCCGGUGGUUCAAGCUCAGAACAAUGGCUGGGCUGGGAUCGUGGUGAACGGCUGCAUUCGCGACGUCGAUGAGAUCAACGGGUGUGACAUUGGUGUCAGAUCUCUGGCUUCUCAUCCCAUGAAGGCUAAUAAGAAGGGCAUUGGGGAGAAGCAUGUUCCUGUCUCGUUUGCUGGGACUCGGAUCUCGGAUGGCGAUUGGCUCUAUGCCGAUACUGAUGGUAUCCUCGUCUCUAAAUCCGAGUUGUCCGUCUGAAGAAGAAGAAGAAGAAGAAGAAGAAGAAGAAGAAGAAGAAGAUCUCUGAUGAAGGUGUCUUUCGUAGUACUCAAAACAUCUCUAUAUGAUCUUCUGGUUUCCAGUUCAGGUGGCAAGUAAGUGUGUGAUGAUGUUUUCUCUGCUGCAACAUUCUUUAGUGUCAAUGUGUUAUAGCUCUAGAUUUCUGCUUUCCUUUUUGUGAUUGAAUCUCACAAGGUUCAGUUGUGAAACCCUUGAGAGCCGAAAUCAAUCGAAACCAGUUUUCGCCGCGGUUUAGUGUUCAGUUGAGCAAGUAACCAUGUCAGUGGAUAUGAAUGGAAUGAUUUGCUACUUGUGAUGCUCUACUCGCUAUCAGAUUCUAAUUCUAGGUGUGGCCAACUGGUUUCGCUCGUUGAAUCGAACUGAGGAA